UUCAGUAUCAUUUCGAAGAGUUUGAAUAAGAGAAGAGAAUAAGAGAAGGUUUCAUCCGUGUGGUCCGCAAUGGACAGACUACACCCUGAGGUGUUGUCAACCCUUAACCGACACCAGCGCACUCUCGUCGGGGAGGCCUUUGGCGACAUGGUGGAGGCUCACCAGACGCACACGCAGGCGCUGAAGAACAGCCUUGAGGACGUGCUGGAGGAGAGCAGUGUGAAGGAGGCCAAGUGGAAGGAGGAAAUGGCCUCUCUGGAGGCGAAGUUGGAGGAGCAAAGGGCCUCGCAUGAAGCGGAAUUGAAAAGACAGAAGGCAUCUCUUGCAAGGGAGUGGAGGGAGGAGAAGGCCUCUUUGAAUGCGACACAGGUGGCCUCUUUGGCGUCCUUGAAGGAGAUGUUAGAAAAGCUGAGGGCAUCUUCUGAGAAGAAGUUGGAGACUCAGAGGGUGUCUUUUGAGAAGAAGUUGGAGACACAGAGGGUGUCUUUGGAGGCAGAGUUCGAAGCACAGAGAGCUAAGUGCCAGCGGCAGGGGCAGGAGCCGUCUGCAGAGGCUGCUCAGGGUGCAGAGCACAGGAAGUUGCAUCUGCUAAUUUCCUCAACAGCCAAGCAGCUGCAUGGGCAGCGCAGACACACCGCCCGGCUACGCCACGCCCAGCACAAUCAGCUGUUGGCCGAACUUAAGAACCAGGCCGCACUGUGGAUGGUGGCACCUUGUCCAGUCAGUUGCGAUGAUGCUGCUGUUCCACUGGUCUUCUCUUCUUGGAGCCUGCGGGAAGAGACCAGGAAGGUCCAGCAAAACAUGCCCCUCCUGCACAACCACCUGCAGGAGCACUACCAGUAUGAGGAGAUGCGGCAGCACUUGGUCCAGCAUCAGCGUAGGGAGGCUGAGUUGGAGAGGAGGAGGCUGAGGAUCACCAAGUGGCAGCAGGAGAGGUGCCAGGGCCUAGAGGCCUACUGGAUCAAGGAAGACGCUAAGAGGCAGGAGGCGGAGCUGAAGAAGAGAGCGGAGCUGCAUAGAAAACUGCUCAAAGAAGCAGAUAAGAGGUGGAUCGCUGCAGAGAAGGCGAGGAGAAAGAAUGAGGAGAAGGCAAGAAAAAAGAAAGAAAAAGAGGAGAAAAAGGAGGCCAAGAGGCUAGAAAGGGAGGCCAAAAAACUUGCCAAGGAGAAGGAAAAGCAGGAGAAGAAGGAGGCCAAGGAGGCAGCCAGGGCCGAGAGGGAAGCCGCCGCAGGAGGAAGGCUCUUCUGCUGCUUCAGGAGGAGGGCCUCUGCAGCCAACUAAGCUGUGCUCCUGUUCUGUUCCCCAGUGUGUGUGUGUGUGUGUGUGUGUGUGUGUGUGUGUGUGUCCAGUGGUUGUGUUUGUGCUGUUUGUCCUGUCAGUGUAUGUGCCCCAUGUCCCCGUCUGUGAUUGGCUCCUGUAUUGUGUGUGUGUAUGCUCUCUGUUCCUGUACAUAUGUAUAUACCAUGUUUUGUAAAUAGCCCCCACCCCCACCUGUAAAUACCCCACCCACGGCCGCUGACAGCUUUGGCUGGGCCCGGGACAAAGACAACUGAAAGGGCCCUAAACAUAGAAUGUAAUGAGGAUCCAAUUCUGGGCCCCCUCUCUCCCUGGGCCCGGGACAAGUGACCUGUUUGUCCCCCCUUGUCGGCUUGUAAAUACCCCCUGUAAAUAAAUCCCCAUCCCAUUUGUGUAAAUACUGUAAAUAAAUUCCCUUGUACAUAAACCCCUUACCCUUGUAAAUAAACCUCUGUAAA